UGUGGUUAGCCAUUGCAGAUCCUCCAUCCUUCACGUUACCCUUCUCAAACCAGAAAGCUAUCAAAUGAGACAAGGGUUAGUGGCGAUCUUGGCCUGGAAUGCACAUGUAUAAAACAUCUGGCCACUGUCUUCUUCACUAUAGCAAUGGCAAAAAACACCACAUCUCACCCAGAGAUUGGCAUGUCUCACGAAGAAAAACAUGACCUAGAACAAAUUGAGGCGAAAGAUCAUGAGCAAUCAACUCACGACACCAAAUUCGAGAAGCGAGUUCUUCGAAAAAUCGAUACUCGCCUAUUACCUAUCCUCGGAUGUCUUUACACCAUCGCUCUCGUCGACCGAUCCAACAUUGCGGUUGCUCGCAUCUCAGGCAUGGAUGAAGACCUCGACCUCGCUGUUGGUAAUCGCGUGUCUAUCGUCUUGAUGGUUUUCUUCAUCGGGUACAUCAUUUUCGAGAUCCCUAGCAAUGCCUUCAUUCACAAGCUUGGGGCCGCGAAUUGGCUUGCCUUUCUAGCUUUUGCCUGGGGCUUGGUGUCCCUUGGCAUUGGCUUCUUGAACAAUUGGGCGGGUCUCGCUGUACUCAGGGCUCUUCUUGGCGUGUUUGAAGCUGGUUUCUUUCCAGGCUGCGUAUACCUUGUGUCAUCCUGGUACAAGCGCUACGAAGUACAGAAGCGUAUGGCGGGUUUCUUCUUGACAGCUUCUGCGCUGUCAGCAUUCGCCAACAUUCUUGCAUACGGCCUCAUUCAGAUUUCCAAGACUCAUCAUUAUAAAGGAUGGCGCUGGAUCUUCAUCAUCGAAGGCGCCAUCACAGUCGUCGCCGGCAUUGGCUCAUGGUUCAUCAUCGUCGACUUCCCCGACUCCGAUAAAAACACAUUCCUCACCCCCGAAGAACGCGCCUUCGUUAAAGAACGACUCGCUGAAGAUCGUGGCCCUGAAGAACGAGAGAAGGUGACGAUGAAGAUCAUUGGCCAGACAGCUACUGACUGGAAACCAUGGGCUUUUUCGCUGAUGUACAUGGCCGGUGCCGUUGGAGUCUACGCCUUCUUGUUCUUCCUACCUAUCAUCCUACGAGGUGGUCUUGGAUACUCACUUGAGCUUUCGUUUAUUCUGAGCACGCCGCCAUCGCUGUUUGCAGUAAUCGAAGCCAUGGGUAUCUCGUGGCUUGCCGACAAGACGAGGCUGCGAGGACCAUUCGUCAUCUUCCAAGGUCUUAUUGGCAUCAUUGGGCUAUGCAUGACUGGCUUUCUCAAUGCACCGACUCCUCGUUAUGUCGGCACAUUUCUCGGCGUCGCUGGCGCUAAUGGCCUGGUUGUGACGACACUUGCGUGGCAGGCCAACAACAUCGUCGGUGAUGCUCGACGUGCUGUAUCCACGGGGUUCCUUAUCAGCAUGAGUGGUGUUGGUGGAAUUUACUCGAGCAUGGUCUUCCGCCAACAAGAUGCACCUAACUAUAUCCCGGGACUCGUUGCUGUCAUGGCCAUCAACGUUGCUGCCGUCGUCGUAGCUGCGUUGACAAUGCUUAUGCUCCGACAUAAUAAUCAGCAAGCAGAUAAGGGCAAGUAUUUAUGCGAGGGGCGAGAACGGUUCAGGUAUACAUUGUAGAGCUCCUAGUAUUUUAGUUUAAUUUCAAAUGUCGUUCAUCACUAAAGCAAGCAUUUUACGCCAGAAGAAC